GAAAAAUCUAUGAGUGAGUUUUUGACUAUGAAAACCAGUUUAACUAGGUUAAAUAUUCGAUUAAAUUCUUACUGGAAUCGAUAAGAAUACUAGUAUUAGAAGAUUUAAUAAAGUCUUAUAAACUAAUAGGAUUAUAAACCAAACAUCAGUUAGUUGAUAGAGUAAGAAAAUUCCAGUAAAGAAGAUAUAGAGGGUAUAUUUUUUUCCUUAGGACUUUUUUACAUACCACCAUAUACUGUAAAUAUAUACAAGUAGAUUUUCCAGUUUGUCUUCAUUCUUAAUCUCUCUCCUAACAAGGAAAGAAAAUAAAUUACACUUAAUGAGACUAAUGGCAUUCAUUUCUUUAUUAAUUCUAUAACAGAGUUAUUACCUCUCAUGUAAAAAAAAUAUGUCAACGUUUUAGCUUGUUAUUGUUUAACAAACUGGAAAAGUAUUUCCUCUUAUCUGUAUAACGAUUAUAAAGGAUAGAUACUUUCUCCCGAGAACCACUCUUUUCCCAAAAGACCUUGACCUUUAAAAUUGCAAACUGAUUUGUUGAGUUUCUUCUCUUUAUUUAUAAAUGAAAAAAAAUAAGCUAAUUCAUUGGCUUUGCUUAUUAAAUUUACUGGUGAAAAUAUAGACUAUGGAAUACGCUAGGGAACUAGUCAGCUUCCUUAAAGAAAGGAGAAGCAUAACGUUUGUUGUUACUACAAUGGUUAUAAUAGUAACAGCGUUGAUGCCUAUUCCUGAAUUAUUUUGCCUAUCAAGAGGAUUUAUAAUUGUGAAACUACCGCACAGUUCCAGUUACGGUGCUCUAUUGAAUUUACCUCAAAACGCCUUGAAGACAACUAUAAUGACUCUAAUAACAUUUAUUCCUGUAUUUAUUCUACUAAUAGCAGUUAGAGUUGGAUUUGGUGACUAUAAAUAUGUAACCAUAUCCGGAAGUAUUCUAGCCAUAUUAGGCAUUGCUGUCACUGUUUCCUAUACAACAUUGGGUGUUCUAACGUAUACGGAUUGUUUAAAUACUGUAGACGUUUUAAAUUCUGCUUACAACGGCACAAUCGAAUGGAGCUGGGAUGCUAAAUAUUAUCUGUUUAUUGCGAAUUGCCUCCUGCAAUAUGCUUCGAUUUUAAUGCUAUUUUCUUUAGGAUUAUUCUUCCUACAUUGUCUGCUAUCUGUGGAAUGGAGGCACAAACAUGGACUCAACGGAGAACCUUAUCGAUAUGCUGGUAUUAUAGAAAUAUGUCGGCUGUCAUACAAUGAAAAUUCAAAAUCAGUUCGUGUAGUUCUAAGUGAAAAUAUUGAAGCCUAUCUGGAGAGUAAAUGUCCACCAGUUAUCUACAACUCUUGUGAACAAGAUAACGAAACUGAAGACUAUCUUAGGAACACACAUCGACAGCGUUGUCGAUAUCAUUUUCCAUUCUAUCCUCUUCUGCUUCCCUGUUGCCGUAAUCGUAAUUGUUCAUGGUCUGAGUUAAGAAUAAGGAUAAAAACAUUUGGAUGGGAAACGAGAGAAACUUUCAAAAAUAUGAUUCUACAGUUUGGAUUAUUAAAUAAAGUGGAUAUUCAUUUCUUUACAACAUUCCAUUUUAAACCAUCUCAAUGUUUUCUUGAUUAUAUUAACUUUUCAAGGUCUUUCUUGUGCUAUUACGAGCCAAUUACUGAGGUAUUGAUGCUAAGAGAAGAUGGAUUUUCUUUUAUCAGAUGUUUGCGAAUGUAUGCGAAUGAUAGUCCUGAGAGGCAUGCCUUACAUAUGUUUAUAAACAAAACACUAUUGUCGAAUUCUCCACCACCUUUGUGGUUUUUCUGCCUUCAAAAGGUGAGAUUAAUGAUCCGUAAUAGAUAUAGUAAUUUCCUAUGGAAUGUAUCAGAAAAUGCGUUAAUGUAUAAAGAUUUCGUAUUAAAUCCUGCUGAGAAUACUCAUAUUCAAGAUAUAUAUAAAGUAUUAAACUUAUCUUAUAAGGAUUAUUGGCUAUCUCAACAAUCUAAAUUUGGGCUAUUAGAAGACUUAAAUGAACUUGAAUCCGAAAAACAAACACUUUUCGUUCAGUUACCCUUAAAUUCUAGCUCUAGUUGUUAAUACUUAAACAAAAAAGAAACAAAAAACUUCUGCUCAACUUAUCUUGAACUCUUUUUUCAUAUUUUAUUGAAAAAGAAGGAAAGUCUAACCAUUGCAUUUAUUUUUCUAUUAAACAGUAUCCUUUAUUGUUUGUAUUUACGUUUGUUUGGCAGGAAAAUAU